CUAAAAUUCAGAAACAUCCCAUCACAUAGUCACAGUAGCUUGAAUUCACAUCCGAACGGUCUAUUUACAUAAAUAGAGUUUCUCCUUCACAAUUUCCCCUCCAGCCCUCAAUCCUUUUAUCGUACCGGCAAAAAUUAGAAUAGCAAAGAACAAAACAUGAAAAAUUCUGCAAUAUCGAAGGCGGAGUUGAAGAUGGAGUUAGUGACGAGAAGGCUUGCUAUGCUUCAAGCACAUCAUCAUGACAUUGUCCCUGUACUAUCAGAAGUGAAUCCAAUACGGGUAAUUUCUAAUGCUGAAUCUCAUCCCUUACAAUGUGAAAGCGCCAAGCCGUUUAUGGACACUAGUGAUGAUACACUAUCAGAAGAGGUUUUAAUACCCAAGUCUUCGAAAAAUAGAAUUACAUCUGAAAGCCACAAGCGAGCGAGGGUAAUAAGUGAUGAUGAGUCCUCAGAGGAUGAAGAACACAUGGUUACGAUUCCACCACGAAAGAAAGGAAGAACUAAGCAGGAGAGGAUCAAAAUGAAUGAUUCAUCCAACAGUAAAAAUGUCAAGGGUAUUGAUAAUCCAACAAGGCGAAAAAUAAUGGACUUAACUGAGCCUUCAUCAAUGGGUGACAAGUCCUCUUCCAUGAAGAGAGCAGAAGAGAUUCAAGCAAAUCUGGCUGCUGAAAAUCCUAGCUUUGUCAAAUCAAUGUUGAAAUCACAUGUUACUGGGGGAUUUUGGUUGGGUCUGCCGAGGAAGUUCUGUGACGAGCAUCUACCAAAUUGUGACUGUACAAUUGUAUUGGUGGAUGAAGCUGGAAAGGAAUUCAACACAGUUUAUUUAGCUAGAAAAACAGGUCUAAGUGGCGGAUGGAGGGGGUUUUCCAUUUAUCAUACCUUGCUUGAGGGUGAUGUGUUGAUCUUCCAUCUGAUUGCCCCUAUGAAAUUUAAGAUUUACAUUAUAAGAGAUCAAAAUUUUGGUGAAGUUGAUGGAGCUUUAGGGCUCCUAAACUUGGAAUUAGGGGUAUGUGAACAGAAAUCAGUUUCAGAUGACCUUACCCAAAGAGUCCUACAAAUAGAAGACAACUACACUUCGGUGGAUCACCUGUCUCAAAGCAGCAGUGAUCUUGAUUUGGGAUCUGAAGUACUUGAUGGAAUCUGCUUUGCACAUUCUUCCAUCAACUUCGAAGGAGUGAACAGCUUCAAGAACUUUAACAUCGUUGUGGAUGGCCGUAUAAUAGACUCCAAGUUCUCUGACAGUACAAGACAGAAGUACUAUGAGCUCUGCUGCAGCCAAAAAUCUUUUCUGCAUGAGCAUAUUUUGAAGGGAUUUAACUGUCACUUGGUGGUUGGGAUUAUUUCAGAGACCAUCAACAUUUCUGAUGGCAUCAGAUCCUACAAGGCGGGUUCUAUCUCUCAUGAAGAUCUCCAGAUUUGGGAGAAAACAUUGAGGGGGUUUGAAGUUCUAGGCAUGAAAGUGGAGUUUUUAUGUGCUCGUAUUAACAAACUACUAGGCCAUGUUGUGGAAUCUGACGCAGCUGAUGAAUCAAACAUGCUGAAAGAAAGUAUGAUUAAGCGAGCUAUAGUUGGGGAGAGGAUGAAGGCACUAGAGAAUAAACUCACACAACUGAAAGAGACAAUGGAGAAGAUUGACUUAGAGAUGGACGCUGAGAUAACUGACAACGGCAAGUGCAUGAAAACAGAAGGCUAGGGCUAAUGAACUUACUGAUGUUGUGUGUUGAUUAAUAUAUAUUGGCAGAAUCAGCUGUUUUCUGUCCCCAAAAGUAUGCAGUUUCUGCUGUUUUCUGUAUAGGUACAAAACACAAUCACAUCUGUAUAGUAAGAUUGCUGAUCAGAUACCUCUCAUUCGUGAGCAUGAUCUUCUAUAGCACAUUUAAGAGUAGUCCUAUUGAGGGGAAGAAUACGGUGUAGUUAGUAUUGGCUAGUAUCUGUUCACGGUUAAUCUGUUAUAGUGUACUACUUCAUACUUCCUCCAUUUUUUAAUAAUUGCACCAUAUUGGUUUUAACAUUA